UUUGCAACUAUAACGAGAGUUUCUAUUGGACACAUUCAGAUAGGUUCCUCACCGUUUGCUCUGUUUGCUUCUGUUUGGUUCCUAGAGGACACGGUAAAAGGUUUCCGUUGCACAACGUUUUUGCAAUGGUUAGCUAACUUUGGAGUUGAACGAGGAGCGAGUCCACCCCCUGUUGGUGAGAGAAUGCCAGUGUACAGUAAAAAGGUAGAGCAGCAUUGUCACAUCCAGUUGUGACAUUUGCUGGAUAUGGCACGUUGCCCCAUAUCUCCAUCACCAAAACAUUUUUAAACAAUCUCAGGGACAUGUCAGUUCUUUCAUCCAAAGCUCCGUUCAUUUUAGGGUGGUAGAUGGUAGGCUACAUCUCCCCAGCUUCUCCCCUCAGCCAAACAGUGACAGACUCAAGCUUGAAAUUAGGCAUUUUGCCUUUAAUUACAACAUUACAUUUUGUUCGCAAGCUUUGGGUAGCCCACAAAAAAAAUGUGAUGAUAAUAUCAUGUUGGGCGAGGUUCCACCAAAGAUGCUCCUGCGCAGAUUGUUUAUGUGACUGAGCGCACAGACUCAGCCGUGUGUGUGCGGUGGGUAGCCUGCUAUUGCAUCCACUUACGCAACGGAUAGCUUCAGUCAGCCAGGGUGAAAUGAAAACACGCAUUUUGUAUUUCCAUUUUUGUCUAAUCCGUCUGAUUUCUGAAGGGAUUAACGGACCAAUCAUGAAUAUUGAGAGACCGCCUGUUCGCUCACUGGGAGCAGGUCACCGUCCGCUCGUGGACUCACUCCGUCUGAAGCUGGGCUGGCUGCCGUCAAACCAUAACAGUGCAGAAUAAAACGGAGAACAACAACACAGGAGAAAGUUACUUUACUUUUUAUGACAAAUGUUUCCGACAGCUAGUCAGUCGGGUCAGAGGAUGUGUUCAAGCUAGCCGACUAAACUCCACUCUAUGGUGAAGGACGUUUCUGAUACUGGAGUUUAGUCCAUUACGCUCAAGCUUGUGCCACAGAGCGCAGGUUUAGCUGUGGGUCGUUGUGCCUGCCCAAUUUAAGUCGGCACGGAACGUGAGUUUCUUCAACUGUGGUGAAUUGCAUCUAAAUAAGAUAUCACCAAGAUCUUUCCAGGUUCCAAUCAGACUUUUCCUCUUUGCCUUGCCAGCCAAUGGAGGAGGAAGAGGUCCAUAUCACACAAACAUUGGCUCCUGCCAGCUCUCCGCUUCGGUCAAGAGCCUCUGAUGACCGGGGCCUCAUCCUGAGUCUUGUCCCCAAGCCCAGCACACUCUCUCCCUCCUCUCCCUCGCUUUCCCCUCCCCCCCUCCAUCCUUCAGGCUCUGCCGUCUAUUCCCUGCAGUCCAAGGUGAAUAAUCUCUCCCAGAGAACCGGAGGGAAAGAGAGAAAGAGGGAGAGGGUGAGGGAGGACAAUAUGGCCUCAGAGCUCCAGGUAGAGGGACCUGUCUCAUUCCAGGCCCUGCCCAAGCAGAAGGGCCGCGGCAGGGGGGAGGUGCCACCGCCUGUGCCCUUCCGGCACUUUGACCAGAGGAGGAGGUCCAGCAGUAGUGAAGACGAGGUAGAGGAAGAGGUGGUGGCCAGGGUACAGCUCCACACCGACCCGACUGAACCACAGAGGGAGAAGGAGAGCUGGGGUGCCAUGGGGAAGGGAGCAGAGAAGGGGGAGAGGGGAGGCCCAGCUGGGAGUGUGCCGGGGCAGCCUCGCGGUUUGGGGGAGGGGGCCAGCUUGGAGAGCUUGGAGAAUAUCCAGUCAGACAGCACCGGCGCAACCAAGGAGGACCACCCUCCUUCUUCAAAGCCCGCUCCUGCAUCCUCCUCCACCUCUUCUUCCUCCUCUCACAGACACUGGGCACCUCCUAAAGGAUUCUGGAGGGUAGCACGCCCAGAGACUCUGAUUCUGAAUAGGGUGAGCACUCAGUCUACUGUGGGCACUCAGACUACAAUGCCCAUACUCUCGUCAUUUGUACGUCUGAAGGACGAACCCCCUGCAAAUGCCACCCUCUCAGGGCCCCAGAGUAAGUCAAGACUGGCUUCUGUGGAUUCUGUAGAUGAGGACAGGGACGAGAGUGAAGGGUGUUGGAACAUGCUGCGUUCGGACAGCCUGGACUGCUACCUGGAGAGGUGUGAUAAGAAAGAAGCGAAGGAGCCUAUGGAUCCCGUGGGGGGGCUGUGGAGGGCGGAGAGCUGGGAAAGUGUGUACUCGCAGGAAGGGGCGCUUUCGCUGGGGGAUACAGUGGAGGCCAACCAGAGAGCCAGAGGGCGGUCAGUGAACAGACGAAGGAACACCAAGAGAGUCGAGGAGAAAGGCGGCGUGGACAUCCCGUACCUCUGUGUUGACCAGAUAGACAAGAGAGAUGUGUCUCCAGAUGCAUCUGCCUCCUGGAACAAUGAGUGGGAUUUAACCAUUCCACAACAGGAGCUGCUUGAACUUCCCGGCUUACACUUCAACCCUGAGGAACUUCCUCUGAGCCCCAGACAUGAGCAGGCCAUGCUCCUGCUGGAGAGGGCUCGGUUAAAAGCCCGCUUCAAUCACGCCAAAGGGGAACGCCCUCAAACCCGCCGCUCCCAUUCUGCCCAGAGAUACAACCCCAGGAGGCAGCAGUCUGGGAUUGAUUCAGCACUGGUCCAAAAGGCUGUGGCUGUUAAACCCAAGGAAGAGCUGACAGCCCCUCCCUCAUCAGGUCCGCUCCUGGUCCCACAAUGCAGAGACCUCUCCCCUGGGGGGCAUAAUCGUCGGUAUGGUAACUCACCCACGAGGGUGCGGUUUGAGGAUGAAUCAGAGAAGGAGGCAGAGUCUCGCUACCUGGAUCGGGUGAGGGAGCGUGGGCGGGCCACGGGACAGAAAUCCAAGGGCACUCUGGAAAAGAAGGCGGAGUCUAGCAUAAGCAUUACAGGCCUUACUCCAAGACUGGAGGACGUUGGUUUCACGAACGCUGCUUCUACCCAGGUAACGGAGGUAGUGGUGGUGUUGAGGAAAUGUGAGGCUUGUGGAUCCAUUCUUAGGGAUCCUCCAGUACCCGAACCAGAGACUGCUCCUCCCCAGUCCGGCAACGCGGAGGAGAAUCAAAGCAGGAAGGUCUCUAACUGGGGCCCCCCAGCCCAAUCAGACGGGAUCCCCCAACCAGAUCAGCCCAGCAGCAUCCACCCCAAAGCGGCAGGGGUCACCUUCGGUGAGGUCCUGAUUCUGGGAGAGGAUACAGAGGGCGGGGCCGGGGGUGGAGUGGGGGAGAAGUCCUCCGGUUUCGGGAAGUUGAGGAGGCGCAGCAGGAAGGGAGAGAGCCGGCUGAAACGGGUCGGCUCGGGACAUGGCCCCUAUGGUGCCUCGUGGGCCCACCGUCGAAACUCAAAUCCCAGAAACAGGGUCAACGUGUGCAGGCGAGCCGUCACCUUUGCUCUAGGCAGUCCUGUAGCUCUGGACCGCCCUCUGGUGGGAGCCUCCGGAAACAGCAGUCCCAAGGAUAGUGACGCCCCCACCCCGCCACUGCCCAUUAAGUCAGCUCUGAAGUCAGGCUGCAAGAGCAGGGUAAGUGGGCAGCGUGUGGUAAAGCUCCUGCCCUCGGUUCAGUAUCACCUCAUCAACCUGGAUGAGGGGGCAGGGGGAAGCCCACAGCAUGACCUCAUCACCACAGAGCAUCAUGGGGAUGGUCCUAUCUCUGCCCCACCAGGGUCUCCCCCUAGCGCCGCCUUAGUCCCCUGCAUCCGACCGUCGUCCCUCAGGUACUCCCCUGCAAGGAUCACCCCUGACCUCCCCCCUGCGGAACUCUGGGAAACUGCUGCAGAUGGAGCUGGUCUGGCAUUGAGCGGAGACAUGAGUCGAGAUCUGCUGGUGGCUCUUCCAGAGUUCCGCCCUGCGCUGCGCUGCUUGGGCGUGUCCCGAGCAGAGGACCUGAGGGCAGAGUUACUGAGAGCGGAGCACCUGAAGGCAGAGGCUCAGUGGGAGGAUGGCCAAGAGGGGGCUCGGAGGUCUAUGGCAGAGCGGGACGGCAGACCCAAGCUAUCUCUGCGACGGUUCUUCUCCUCCAUCGGGCUGCACAGUGUGGGCAGGCUGGUGAAGGGAGGGCGCUCCAGCAGCAUGGAACAGCUCAGCAUCUCAGCGCCGCGGGCCAGCUCCGCCUCACCCAGCCCCACCCACAGCCCUCACACCAACACCCGCCUGCAGAGGACCCCCUCACUACAGGCCCUGCACACAGUGUCCCCACUGGCCCAGCUUCGGAAAGCCUCCUCUGUGCAGAGUCUGGAGAGGAGAGUGGAGCGUUCUACCAUUCUGGGAGAGGUGUCCGUGCCUAACAGCCUGGCACCCAGGAUGAUCCAGAGAGCCCUGAGCGUGGAAGAUAUGUUAGCCCCUCGGGUGGUGCGUCCCAUGGGUCCAAUGGGUAGGGUCGUCCAGGCCUUCCCUGAUGGGACCCUCUGGUUGGAGCUCACCAGACCCCCUAACGGCCCUUUUGGGUUCGUCAUCUCUCGAGGCAAAGGUCGACCGGUCACAGGUGUGUACGUGGAGCAGGUAGGGGAUGGUACUGAGGAGGGCCUGUACUCUGGGCUCCUGGGUGUUGGGGAUGAGAUUCUGGAGGUGAACGGGGAGACAGUGGCUGGACUGACCCUGGAUCUGGUGACACGCCUCAUGACCCGUGACAGCACUGCCUCUAUCCGUGUCCUGCCACACCGUCGGAACCAUCGCUGAGCAAUGGAAUAUUCCAUUAUCCAUUUCAAUGAAAAAACACACUGGAUACUGCGCCAUGAUGAUGUCAUGAUGAAAACUUGAGAAUGGAAAUAGACCUAAAGAGAUAUUUUUAACUCAGGGAGAACAAAAGGAAGGACAUAAUACAUCUCCUUUUCUAUUAUUAGGCCUAAUCUUUGCAGAUUCAGGCAAAUGUUUGUGAAUAAAAACAGAUAAAACGAAGUAUAAAGAGAAUGUUGACCUGAAGAUGCAAGUGAGAUGAUAUACAGUGCCUUCAGAAAGUAUUCAUACCUCUUGACUUAUUCCACAUGUUGUUGCUGCAGCCUAAAUUCCAAAUGGUUUUUAUUGAUUUUAUUUUCUCACCCAUCUACACACAAUACCCCAUAAUGACAAAGUGAAAUCAUGUUUUUAGAAAUGUUGCUAAUUUAUUGAAAUUGAAAUACAGAAAUAUCUUAUUUACGUAAUUAUUCACAACCCUGAGUCAAUAUAUGUUAGAAUCACCUUUGGCAUUGAUUACAGCUGUGAAUCUUUCUGAGUAAGUCUCUAAGUGCUUUGCACACCUGCAUUGUACAAUAUUUGCACAUUAUUCUUAAAAAAAAUAUUCAAGCUCUGUCAAGUUGGUUGCUAGACAUUUUCAAGUUUUGCCAAUAAUUUUCAAGUAGAUUUAAGUCAAAACUGUAACUAGGCCACCCAGGAACAUUCACUGUUGCCUUGGUAAGCAACUUGGUAAGUGUAUUGUUGGUUUAGGUUAUUGUCCUGCUGAAAGGGGAAUUUGUCUCCCAGUGUCUGUUGGAAAGCAGACUGAACCAGGUUUUCCUCUAGGAUUUUGCCUGUGCUUAGCUCUAUUCCAUUUUUUUUUUUUUUACUCCCUAGUCCUUGCCUAUGACAAGCAUACCCAUAACAUGAUGCAGCCACCACUAUCCUAGAAAAUAUAAAGUGAUGUGUUGUAUUGGAUUUUUCCCAAACAUAACACUUUGUAUUCAGGACAUAAAGUUAAUUGCUUUGCAACAUUUUUUGGGCAGUUUUACAUUAGUGCCUUAAUGCAAAAAGGAUGCAUGUUUUGGAAUAUGUUUAUUCUGUAAAGACUUCCUUCUUUUCACUCUCAAUUAGGUCAGUAUUGUGGAGUAACUACAAUGUUGUGUAUCCAUCCUCAGUUUUCCUAACACAACCAUUAAACUCUGUAACUGUUUUAAAGUCACCCUUGGUCUCAUGGUGAAAUCCCUGAGCGGUUUCCUUCCUCUCCGGCAUCUGAGUAAGAAAGGACGCCUGUAUAUUUGUAGUGACUGGGUGUAUUGACACACCAUCCAAAGUGUAAUUAAUAACUUCAACAUGCUCAAAGGGAUGUUCAAUGUCUGCUUUUUUUUUUACCCAUCUACCAUUAGGUGCCCUUCUUUGCAAGGCAUUUGAAAACCUACCUGAAAUUUGUGGUUGAAUUUGUGUUUGAAAUGCAUUGCUCGACUGAGGGACCUAACAGAUAAUUGUGUGGGGGUACAGAGAUGAGGUAGUCAUUCAAAAAUAAUGUUAAAUGCUAUUGCACACAGAGUGAGUCCAUGCGACUUAUUAUGUGACUUGUUAAGCACAUGUUUACUCCUGAACUUAUGUAGGCUUGCCAUAACAAAGGGAUUGAAUACUUAUUGACUCAAGACAUUUCAGCUUUACAUUUUUUGUGAAUUUGUAAAAAUGUCUACAAACAUAAUUCCACUUUCACAUUAUGGGGUAUUGUGUGUAGGCCAGUGACACCAAAUCUCAAUUUAACCUAUUUUAAAUUAAGGCUGUAACACAACAAAAUGUGGAAAAGGGGUGUGAUUUCUUUCUGGGGUGUGAAUUCUUUUCGAAGGCACUGUAAAUAAAGACUGUAUAAUGAUUAUUGUGCGUUUCACAAUAAAUAGCCUAUUGUGUCAAAGGUGAAAAUGA